UCGCCACUUCGGCAGGGAUCUCUCUCGUGGGAUUGGGUGUGUUGUUCCUUGUCAUUUCUUUUCUCCUCUCUUUCUAGGCUCGAAGAAGCCGAGCGGCUAGAAGGCGGCGAAGAGAGACGGACGCGGGGGGUGGAAAGCAGGACAAUUUGUGACUCCGGUGGUCUGUCGAGGCGAAGGCAGGCUUGGCGCUGUUGUUCGAUUCAGGUUUUGUCUCCGCUUUCGGAAGCAUUUCUGGCGAUUUGUCGCUACCAGCCGCCUCGGAUCAGUUUCGUUUAUCUUGCGCUAUUUCUUGGCCUCGAUCUGGAAUUUUGGAGGUAAGUGGAAUUUUGGGAGCUGCGGUUGCAUUGGUUGCGGCAUUUUGGAGCUGAAGAGCUUGCGUCGUCAGCGUCUACUAUUAGGGGCCACCGGAGGGAUUAGGUUUUCGGUUUCCAUUCCCCGAAGUUAUUUAGAGGCAGAAUCUCCUUUCUCUAAAUUGGUUUUUUGGUUCUGCAUUCGCUGAGGUAGGAAUCUGGUGGAAGCUAGGGUUUUUACUGGGGAGCACUCUGGGCAGGUUUCUGGUUCUUAGGAUAUGCAGGACUGAUUACCUGAUAUGUAAUUUCUGUGAGAGAGAAUAUUAUGACGUGUGAGAAAAAGCUUUAUUGCGUAAAUUUGAAAAGGUGGUGUAUGAAUACACUAUUUAGAAUAUAUUUUUGAAUCUACACGAAGGCCAUUCUCUUUUGUCCUGGCGACACAGUUUAUAGGAUUAAUUCGGAUUGCUUAGCUUUUGAAUUAAUCACUAGGUACAUAUAUUUAUAUGAACAAUGGGGAAAACACAAAAGUUCCCAAAAGGUUACCCAUCUAGUUUUGCUCAAGAGUAUCAACAUGUAAUGGAGAGGACAGGCGAGUCUGAAGGAUUUGGUAGCUGUGCUCAAGCCGACUCAGAAGAUUCUUCUGCCCUAAACAGGAAGUGCAUAAGCUUGAAUGUUAACAGGCAUAAAAAAUUUAACAUCCCAUCUCAGCUAUUUGCACCCACGAAUAUGUCCAAGUCUGAGAAAAAGGAAUUGGAGAUGAGAUUAAGGUUAGAGCUGGAGAAACUUCAAAUAUUUAAGAAACAAAUUCUUUCUACGAAUGCAAUAAGUGGAAAUGGGGUUGCUUUAUCAUCUUCCAGUAACGGGAAUGGAAUAAAACAUGUUGCCCCAGUCCAGAAUGGUUCUGGAAAGUUUGAGACUACGAAGAAGGCUCCCCUUCCAGAUGCAAUUGGAAACUCUUAUUCUGUGUUCUUGAAACAGUGUGAGCCACUUCUUAAGCGCUUGAUGAGUCAUCAAUAUGGGUGGGUAUUCAACACACCUGUUGAUGUAGUUAAGUUGAACAUUCCUGAUUAUUUCCAGGUUAUCGAACGUCCAAUGGACUUAGGAACCAUCAAAACUAGGAUACAAUCGGGUAGCUACUCUAGUCCAUGGGAUUUCGUUUCAGAUGUGAGACUUACAUUUGCCAAUGCAAAGACUUAUAAUCCACCUAAAAAUGAUGUUCAUAUCAUGGCAGAUGUUAUGAGUAAGUUCUUUGAAUCAAAAUGGAAAGAUAUUGAAAAGAAACUGAUUGCUGCUGAAGCAGUUGCCAGAAGAGUUUCCAAUACUCAGAAGCCAGUUUUGCUCCCAAAGAAGAGGAAAACUCCGGCUGCUAACAUUGAUAUCAGCAAGCCAAAGGCUGUGAAGCCAAAAAUGUCACUUGAGGAGAAACAAAACAUAAGUAACCAACUAGCGUCUCUUGAGGACAUGCCAGUACAUAUUCUUCGCUUCUUGAGUAAGAACAACGCAGUGUGCCAACCAACCGAGGAUGAGAUUGAGAUUGAGCUUGAAGAAAUGAAUGAUGAGAUACUGUUUGAAUUGAAGAAACUUUUGGAUGAGCAUUUUCUUGAUGAGAAAACAAAGAAUCAAGUCAAAUCUGAGCAUUGUGAAAUUGAGAUUUUAAAUGAAUCAGGAGUUAGCAAUUCCUCAAUGCGUCCUUGUAAAGGCACUCAACCAGCAGACGAUGAUGUUGAUAUCAUUGAUAAUGCUCCACCUGUUUCAAGUUAUCCCCCUAUGGAGAUAGCUAAAGAAUCAACUCUAAAAAGCGAAAAAUGUAGUAGUUCAAGUGAUUCAAGUACUGAUUCCAGCUCAUCAUCUAGUGAUUCUGAAUCUGGUAGUUCCUCAGAAGGGGAGUCCGACAUCAAAGUUGCAAGUUCUGUGAAGGAUAUGAAGAAAAGGAUACCAUCUAGACAAGCAUUGAACCAAGAUAGAAGUGAUUUGUCAAACCAAAAUGACGGAAGCAGAAUUCCAAAUAGAACAGAUCAACAACUAGAAGAUCCUUACCCAAGACUUGAUUCUGUUGAGGCCGAACAAAAUUUGGAGGGGAAUAAUGCUUCAUCUGAAAAGCUUUAUCGAGCAGCUGUGCUAAAAAACCGCUUUGCUGACACAAUACUUAAAGCUCGAGAGAAGACACUGGACCAGGGUGAAAAGAGAGAUCCAGAGAAGCUUCGACAGGAAAGAGAAGAGCUUGAGAGGCAACAAAGAGAAGAGAAGGCUAGGCUGCAAGCUGAAGCUAAAGCUGCUGAAGAGGCUCGGCAGCUAGCUGAAGCAGAAGCUGCAGCACAAGCUGCUGCAGAAGCCAAGCGCAAAAGGGAGCUUGAAAGGGAAGCAGCUCGACAAGCCUUAUCACAGAUGGAGAAAACUGUUGAGAUCAAUGAAAACAGUCUAUUUCCUAAAGAUUUGGAAAUACUUAAGACUGCUCCUGGUGAACAUUUACCUAGUUCAGUAGGUGAGACAAGCCCAGAUCACUCGCCGCAAGGUAUCAGUGGUUUUAAACUUGGGGGAAGCAACCCAUUGGAACAGCUUGGUUUAUACAUAAAGGUUGAUGACGAAGAGGAUGAAGAUAUAGAGCAAAAAGAUGCUACUGCCAAUGGUGCUGAGCAAGGUGAAAUUGAUUGAUCAAUUUCUGCUCUGAUUGCUAGAGAAUAGCUAUUGACAAAGAUAUAGUGAGGUUAAAUUAUCCAUGGUUCUGACUGUGAUGCAUUUGCUCUUUUGACCUUGACUUCCAAGGAGGAUUAUGAUUGAAAUGAAGAAAAUGGUUCGAAUGUUGGUGGUGGUGUGUCAGUGUAUGGCUUUUGGUGCUUGCAAUCUAAUAGCUUUUGAGUCUGUAGUCCCAGUUAGAGAUGGAUUGGCACUGCCAGGACAACAGAUGAGAUCAUCCGGUGUUCAAUUGGGUAUUUGGAAAUCAUCACUGGCUAUGACUUUGAUUUUUGCGAGGCUGAUCAUGUUUUGAAACCAACAGCUCUAUUUGCUUUUGCAUGCAUCAUAAUGGUGUUAGCGUGGGGCUGUAGCUGGUUUCAGUAGCUCUUUGUUGAUAUUACAAUUUUGGUUCCACUCCAUAAGCUGUACAAAAAAAGAACCCAAUAGUCAAAGAACCUUUUUCCUUCUUGUCUUUGUGGCGUUAAUCUGUAGGACAUAUGCCUUGAUUGGAGGUCAUUGUUUGAAGUGAAUGGAUAUCUUUCUGAAGCAAAUUCCUUAUGUCUUUUCUUUUUUGUGCAAUUACUUUCGCCAGAACUUAUGUUUAUUAUUUUUUGAAGUGAAAUGGAUAUCUUUCGUUACUCUGUAGGACA